AUGGAGCGCGAGCCGUACCAGUACCAGUUCGAGGGCGGCCUGCGCGCGCGACCCAAGCGCGCCGUGACCGACUAUGGCGCGACGACAGUGCAGUGGAUGCGCAGCCGCCGCCCGCGCUACAAACACGCGGCCAUGCCCGAGAUGGAGCGGCCCAGCGCAAGCUACAUCGUCGAUAUGGCGCCGCCCGCCGCCCGCCUUGCCAGUGCCGCCGAGUCGAUCCCCGCCAAAGCCGUGCACUCGUCGCUGAACAAGGUCAAGCACCCCGUCAACGUGGUCAAAUGGACCCCCGAGGGCCGCCGCCUGCUCACGGGCUCCACCAGCGGCGAGUUCACGCUGUGGAACGGCAUGGGCUUCAACUUCGAAACCAUCAUGCAGGCCCACGACGCCGCCAUCCGCUGCGUCGAGUACACCCACACCGACGACUGGCUGCUGUCCGCCGACCAGACGGGCGUCGUCAAGUACUGGCAGACCAACUUCAACAACGUCAAGGAGAUGCAGGCCCACACCGAAGCGGUGCGCGGCCUCGCCAUUGCGCCGACCGACUCCAAGUUCGUCACCUGCGCCGACGACACCACCCUGAAGAUCUGGGACUUUGCCUCCAGCCAGGAGGACCAGACCCUGACGGGCCACGGCUGGGAGGUCAAGUCGGUCGACUGGCACCCGCACAAGGGGCUGCUCGUCUCGGGCUCCAAGGACCACCAGGUCAAGUUCUGGGACCCGCGCACCGGCCGCUGCCUCACCACCCUGCACGGACACAAGAACCCAAUAUCAAAGACCAUGUUCGAGCCCACGCAGGGCAAUCUGCUGGCGACGUGCGCCCGUGACCACACAGCCCGCGUCUUCGACCUGCGCAUGAUGCGCGACGUCCUGCUCCUGCGCGGCCACGAAAAGGACAUCAUCACCAUGGCCUGGCAUCCCAUGCACAAGAACCUGCUGUCCACCGGCGGCGUCGACGGCAGCAUCCACCACUACCUACUCGACGAGCAGAACCCCCCGGCAGGCACGCCACCCACACUCUCCCCGUACGACUCGGCCGAUCCUCACAACGCGCCUGCGCAGGCCAUAUACCCAGCACACAGCAUCCCGUACGCGCACGACUUCACCGUCUGGACCCUCGACUGGCAUCCCCUGGGCCACAUACUCGCAUCCGGCUCCAACGACCGCGUGACACGCUUCUGGACACGCCCGCGCCCCGGCGACACAAAGUACCCCGAGGACCGCUACCACAUCGGCCAGGAAGCCGCCGAGCGCAACGGGACCUUUGAUUCGCGUCACGGGCGACGCCAACGGCAGGAGGAAGAAGAACAGGAAGCCGAGGACGAGGCCGAAGGCCUGGUCGACCAGAAGCUGCCGGCCAGGAUAGCAGGCGUUGGCUCCUUGCCGUUCCUGCCCCCGGGCCUCAAUUUGCCGGGCCUCGCGCCAUCGAAUCCAGACGGCUCUUCCAGCGCACUGCCAGGCAUCGGCGGCGUCAACCACCCUCUGCCGCUGCCGCCAACAGGCGCAUCGCCCUUCCCGCCCGGUCCUCCGCCGCCAUUCCCAGGCGUGCCCGCGGGAAUGGAUCCAUCGCGUCUGGCGCAGCUCAUUCAGUCGGGCGUCAUGCCCCGUCCCCCUCCACUGCCCCACCACGGCGGCCCACCAUCUCAGCACAUUGGCCCACCCGGCUUCCCCGCUCCCGGAAACGGCGCGCCGCAGUUCCCGCCCGGCCCGCCGCCAAACUUCCAAUUCCCACCAGGCCUACCGCCAGGCUUCCCUCCCCCAGCGUUCCCGCAAGGUGCCCCGCCGGGCUUCCUUCCCCCUGGAUUUCCGCAGGGCGCGCCGCCCGGCUUCGCGCCCCCGGGCUUCGCGCCCCCGGGCAUCCCGAUGGCGGGCCAGAACGGCGGGCCUGUGGGCGGGCAGAACGGCCAGAACGGCCAGAAUGGAGGCGGUCCGAAUGGCUGGAAGCGCGAGCGCGCUCCGCUGCCGGACCAGAACGAUGCGCUGCAGGCCGAGAUGCGGCAGGGGCGGUACCGGAAAGCGCGGUAG